UUUGCAAGCAUGUUAACUAAAUCACAGGAGGCAUUUAUACUUGUAGUUGUAAUACACUAACACUUAUACCGCACCCAAUGCAAGUACUACAUUUGUCGCAAUCCCAUCUUCUCUUUUCUCUGUUAGAAACUAGACUAGAAACUCAUCUCCAUACUUCGUAACAUUUUCCCUCCAUGGCUCUCUCAGACACUUCCACUCCCACCAGUUGUCAGGAAGAAAAAGGGAGUGACUGUGACUCUCCAAUUGAAAGCAAUGUUUGUGAUGAUUUGAGUUUGACAAAGGAGAGAACUUUUGAUCUUAAACCAGUGUCACCUAAUUCUUCUGGUCAAGGUUUGCCAUAUGCACCUGAAGGGUGGCCUAAUCCUAGUGAUGUAUGGGGCUGGAAAGUAUUGAAAAGGACCUCCAAUGCUGGACAUUUUUGUGAUAGACACCUUUAUCUUCCAAAGUCUCUUCAGAUAUCUUCUCACAAGAGACAGAGCUUCAGAACCAAGCGUGAUGUUGAGCGAUACAUUGAAUCAAAUUUUCCUAACAUGGGAAUUGAAGCAUUCUUUGGUUUAUUUAGCUGGAAGAUCCCCGCUACCAAGAAAACUCCCCGAAAAGUGAAGUCACUGGAGACUGAAGAAGCUGGCAAUGCCACAGAACAGAUUGGCACCAAGUUAAAACGGAAAAUACAAAUCUGCAGUCAACCAACUCGGAAAUCUUCCAAACUACUUCAUCUUCGUCCACAUAUAGUGCCUGAUCAGGAUGCAAAUAUUGUCAUUGAUUUAUGCGAUCAGGACGACGAAGAGGCAAGAGUUGAUUCAACUGAGAAUUCAAAAGGCAUCUCAGAUUCUGAAGAAGGAUCUGCUAUGCAGACAGCGGUAGAGAAAGAUCCCAAAGCAAUCAAUGUUCUGGAGAAUCUUGAUACCUUGGAGAAUUCACCGGAUCAUGCCACUCUAGAUAAUGAAAUUAUACAGUAUUGCAAGAAAAAGCUUUCUUUCCUUCUUGAUGUAGACUUCCCUUCUCUUCUCUCUUGUAAUGAUGUUGUGGUAGAAGUUGCGACACUUGCAUCACAAAUUCGCAAAGAUCCUACACUCAGUGUUGAGCAACUGGCACAGGUAAAGUUGGUGGAACAACUUCCAUUAGUCAGUGAGGCCUUUCUUGAGGCCAAGGGGGACAUUGAAGAGGCAGACAAAUUCUUAGGUGUCUUGGAGGCAAAGAAACGUAAAGUUCUUAGUCUGAAAAAUGACUACAAGGAAAAAGUAGCUCAGAGAGAGUCCGAAAUGGAUAGAAACACUUUGGCAAUCCAAGAAAUUGAUGAUCAAAUCCGGCAACUUCAAUCAAAACGGAGCGAAUUAUCUGCUGCUCUAGAAAGCAUGCAAAAGGGUAAAGUUGAGCUGACUUCUGGGGAAGCAGGUGUUGCCAACUCAAUUCUAUCCCUUGUUGGGGAGAUUAAUCAUGGAUUAUCUGAAAAAUCAAAAUGGGAGAUGAAGAAAGCCAACUCUGCCCGGCGUGUAGCUGAGAUACAAAAAAAGUUCAUCAAUAUAAGAGGGCUAAAAUUUUAAUCAAACUAUUGCACAGGUUCUCAUUUUGAUAAAAAGCUCUUUCUGGAUAACUAGCUAUGAGACUGAUCUGUCUAUAUUUCUAACUAAUGGGACUACAUCUAUGUAAGUUGUGCCAAAUCAUGUGGCCUUUGACUGUGACAAUCGCCGGAUUUGUGUUAAAAUAUACAAAUUAAUUGUUCUGCA